AUGCUUUUAACAUCAGUCAAGAAACUUGGAGUUAUUCAAAAUAUUCGAGACAAUCCAUUACUUAUGUUUAAUGAAGAGUCACAAAAAAAUAUUGUUAUGACAACAAUUAAAGAAAUAAUAACAAAUGUUGAUACGUUUUUUCUUAAGAUUUCUUCAAUAGAACGAUUAAAUUUCAUUUUUAAUGCAAUAUCAAUUGGGUUUAAUUUACCUUUAUUAUCAAAUUUAGAUUUUGAACGAGCAGAACAAUGUAUAAGUAUUUAUCAGUUUGUUUAA